AUGGCAGCGGCACAGAGGUCACAGCCAUCGCUUGACUUCUGCCAAGAUACACACUCUAUCGCCCUCUUGCAGGGUUUGCAGGAACUGCGAUCAGAGAACCUGCUGGUAGAUGUUGUCCUGUCUGUCUCUGGGAAAGAGAUCCCGUGCCACAGAAAUGUACUUGCUGCUUGCAGUAGGUAUUUUCGUGCUAUGUUCUGCAAUGAGCAUCGUGAGAGCAAGGAGCAUAAGGUAACCAUUCACGAGGCCAGCGCCAGUGCCUUGCAGCUUCUUGUGGACUACGCCUACACGUCAAAGGUAACCAUCACAGAAGACAACGCUGUAGACUUGUUGGAAAGUGCCAGUUUCUUCCAGGUUCCCCCGGUCAGGGAUGCAUGUACAAAGUUUCUAUCAGACAAUCUAAGUAUCAGAAACUGUCUGAAGGUGGUUACCUUAGGCGGGAUGCUGAACCCCAAUCUCGAGACAGAUGCGUUGUCAUUUGCCAUGAAGGAGUUUGCAGAAGCCAGCAAAACGCCAGAGUUCCUUGACUUGACAAAGGAUCAGCUUGUCACACUCAUCUCAUCAGACAAUCUCAGUGCUCCAGAGGAGAUUGUGUACAUGUCAGUGAUGAAGUGGAUCAGCCAUGACACCAGGAAGAGGAAGAAGGAGAUGAGAGAGCUGAUGGAGCUGGUCCGAUUUCCCUUCAUGGACAAGAUAUACUUCAUAGAGAAAGUACAGACUGACCAAGUCUUGUGCAAGUGCUGCCCAGAUAUCGUGUCAGAAGCUCGCAAGUAUCAGGCCUUCCCAGGGGAGGUCCAGUCACCCCGCACCCGUCCCCGCAUAGCCAGUGGUCUGAGGGAGGCAGUAGUGGUGAUUGGAGGGAAGGAGAAAUUUGUAGGAUUCCCUUCUGGUUUCAGCAGUGCCAUCACCAUGACUUACUCCUCCACACCAUCAAGUGAAAGUUGGGUUCCUAUGACCACAAUGAGGAGAACUGAAGACCAUGGAUUUGCUGUGGCUGUUUUGGGCAUGAGUGACAUCAUCGUGUCCACUGGUGGGCUUCAAUGGAAGGAAGUUUGGUUGUAUCAGGCAAGACCUGACAUCUGGUCCAAACUUGCUCCGAUGCUCACAAACCGGGACCAUUGCAAACUGGCAGUGGUGCAAGGAAAAGUGUACGCAAUUGGUGGAAAAAUUAGCCAAUCACCUGUUUGUGUAACAGCAGAUGUAGAAGUCUAUGACCGAAGCUUGAACAAGUGGACGGGAGUGGUUCCACUUCCAGAGCCAAGGUUCUUGCAUGCAGUUGCGGUGUUCGAUGGUAGCAUAUAUGUGAUGGGUGGACGUGAUGAUAAGGACUGCAACACAUCUACAGUGCAUCACUUUAUCCCGGGAGACUCUCAGUGGUAUUCAGCAAGCGACAUGCCUGAGGUGGGUUCAGUUAUCACCGCUUCAACUGUCAAUGGUAGCAUCUAUGUUGCUGGAGUUCGCUCAAAAGUGCUGUGUUACAGGCCUCAGGAGGACUUGUGGACUGUUGUAGUAACCCACACUGACAUUGGAAACGCAUGUGGCAUGACUGUCUUUGGUGGGGAGAUUUACAUCUAUGGAGGCUGUGACAACUCAGGCUAUGGAACAGCAAAGGUUUUGCAGCUUAAUCAAGAAAACAAAUCACUUAAGCAGGUGGGAACCAUGCCCAAGGGUCUGGUAUACCACGUUUGUGUCACUAUACUGAAGGGGUGA